AUGCCGGAAUUCAUCAGCGUCACAUUCCCGAACGCAUCUACUGAGAUCAAUCCAAUUCCCAACGCCUCAAUCGACCCAGAAUAUCUCGUUCGCUAUGCUCGCAAUCUUGAUGAUUAUGGCUACAACUACACACUAGUGCCCUACGAUUCCUCAUCAUAUGAUCCAUUCACUAUUGGAGCCACCAUUCUCUCUGUGACCAAAAACAUCAAGGUGAUCAUUGCCCUGCGGCCCAACACGCUGUACCCCACAGUUGCGGCAAAGGCGCUAGCCACACUCGAUCAACUCAGCUCCGGUCGCGUCGUUGUUCACUUUAUCGCAGGUGGAAGCGAUGCAGAACAGGCCAAGGAAGGGGAUUUCCUAAGCAAAGAUGAACGCUAUGCUCGCCUUGAGGACUACAUUAAGAUUCUCCGCCGUGCAUGGAAGUCCGAUGAGCCAUUUGACUGGGACAGCAAAUACUACCAGUUCAAACAAUUUAGCAACCGUGUUCGGCUGACCAAUGACACAAUUCCUGUCUCGGUCGGCGGCUCGUCAGAUGAAGCAUACCGCAUUGGAGGCUCCCUGGCUGACAUCUUUGGACUUUGGGGCGAACCCUUGAAAGAAACUAAGGAUCAAAUCGAUCGCAUCUAUGCCGAGGCGGCAAAGGCCGGUCGCCCGGACUCAGACAGACCUCGCAUCUGGGUGACAUUCCGUCCUAUUAUCGCGGAGACUGAUGACCUUGCCUGGGCUAAGGCACACAAAACCCUCGAUGCACUGACUUCAAACCGAGCGAAGGGACAAGGCAAGGCCCCUGCAGACGCGCCGCCCCCGCAGAACGCAGGCUCUCAGCGGCUUCUUGAUAUUGCCGCUCGUGGGGAGGUUCAGGAUCGUGCUCUUUGGUAUCCUACUGUUACUGCGACGAAUGCACGUGGUGCAUCUACUGCUUUGGUUGGAUCGCCUCAGACUAUUACUGAGUCUCUUCUUGACUACAUUGAUCUUGGCGCCGACCUUAUCUCUAUCCGUGGAUAUGAUAAUCUUAACGACGCUAUCGAUUAUGGACGUUUUGUGCUUCCUAAAACUCGGCCCGAACCAGCUGCAUCUUUGGCCCCACCUGCUCCCGACUGGUCGAGCGACACCCGAUCUACAAUCGACCAGAGCACUGUGAUAAUGGCCAAAAAAAUCGUCACAUCAGAGACGGAGGUUGGCGCUGAGCAACAGGAGCUCAAACCUGACCCCGCUCAGUCCAAUAUUGCCAACCCUGAAGCUUACGAUGACUCCGACAACUCCACCUACCGCGGCUGUCCGUCCUGGAUUCAACAGCUAGAACAGGGUAUUGCAGAUUACGAAAAUUUCAUACGAUGGGUCAAGGAGGAUCCUAGCCGUGUGUACUACACAAUUGUUUCUGCACAGGCGGAAUACAAGAAACUCCACGAACAGACCGUAGAGCAAACCAACAAUGCACUUGAAGCUCACCGAGCUCGUGCCGUGACUGAAGCUGCCGAAACGCAACACUCCGCCGAGAUUGCGCAGGCUGAAUGGGAUAUCUUGAAGAUACAGUAUUAUUCUGCCGUUGGGGAAGCAAGUGAUUCUGCCUGCGAACCCCGUCGCCUCCAGGCCAACGAACCAACUCGUGUACACCCUGAGGUGCUCGCUUCCAUUGAAAACCCUGACCGAAUCGGAUCCAAUCAAUAUAGCUUUCCUGCUGCGAGUGUUGGAGAGGACGUUGAGCCCCGAAUCAGCAAGUCCACUCGCCUCGCGGAUCCCGAAAAGCUCGAUGAUGGAGUCAAUCCUCCCUUUGAAAGCUGGCUCCUUGACAUGCAAGGCAAGCUUUUCUUCAAUCCUGACCACUACCCAACCGAAAAACAUAGAAUUAUCUAUGUUACAAGCCGAACCACUGGACCGGCACACCUGCACUUGAACGCCCGUUUGCGACAGGAUGCUGUUCUCCCAUACAAUACAGUCCAGGACAUGUUCGAUGACCUCGAAUUCCGGUUCGGUGAUCUGAACUAUGCAACUGAAGCUUGUGGUUGCCUUGAUAGACCAAACAUGAAACCAAAGGAUGACUUCCAUACUUUCCUAUGCAAGUUUUUGUAUAGGUCUGGUGGAUCUAGAGAGCCCUUCGAGCUCUUGAAGCACGAGCUACAUGCCCGUCUCACCAAAGAGCUGAAGAGAGCUGUCAUGCCCGAAUACCUGUACAAGGGCGUCACUUUUGACGAGUUUACAAAGCGUUGUGGGCAGGAAUCCAGUCGCCUGCAGCGUGAAUGCCGCAAGAACAACAGGAAGAAUUGGAAGAGAGGGGGAAAUACUCCACCUCGUCCCGACAAGCCGUCAAGCAACGUGGUGGAGACACCACCAGCCCCUGGGGCUGACGAGUGGUAG